GGGAGGGAAGAGGCCGCGGCUGACGGGUUCCGGUGUCGGGCGCGGACGUGUCGGCCGGGGCCGCGGAGCCGGAGGCGCUGCCCCUGCCCCGUCGGAACAUCGCCCGGCUCGGCGCCGCCAUGUCCGGCACCAGCAGCCCCGAAGCCGUGAAGAAACUGCUGGAAAACAUGCAGGGAGACCUGCGGGGCCUGAGCCUGGAGUGCAGGAAAAAAUUUCCUCCCGUCAAGGAGGCUGCUGAAUCAGGAAUAAUAAAAGUGAAAACAAUAGCUGCACGGAACACUGAUAUUUUGGCAGCACUGAAAGAGAACAGCUCAGAGGUAGUUCAGCCUUUUCUCAUGGGUUGUGGAACAAAGGAACCAAAGAUCACUCAGCUGUGUCUAGCAGCCAUACAAAGACUCAUGUCCCAUGAAGUUGUUUCAGAGGCUGCAGCAGGAAACAUUAUAAACAUGCUUUGGCAACUGAUGGAAAAUAGUCUUGAAGAACUGAAAUUGCUUCAGACAGUUCUUGUUCUUUUAACAACCAAUACAGUUGUGCAUGAUGAAGCACUAUCCAAGGCAAUUGUACUUUGCUUUCGAUUGCACUUCACAAAAGAUAAUAUCACAAAUAACACUGCAGCAGCUACAGUGCGACAGGUAGUUACUGUGGUGUUUGAGAGAGUGGUUGCUGAAGAUGAACGAUACAAAGACAUUAUUGAACAGCCAGUUGCAGUUCAAGGAAAUAGUAACAGAAGAUCUGUCAGUACUCUGAAGCCAUGUGCUAAAGAUGCAUAUAUGCUUUUUCAGGAUCUUUGUCAGUUAGUUAAUGCUGAUGCUCCUUACUGGCUCGUUGGUAUGACAGAAAUGACCCGAACUUUUGGCCUUGAACUUCUUGAGUCAGUCCUCAAUGACUUUCCACAAGUGUUUUUACAACAUCAAGAAUUCAGUUUUCUUCUUAAAGAAAGAGUAUGCCCUCUCGUUAUAAAGCUCUUCUCCCCAAAUAUAAAAUUCAGACAAGGUUCUAGCACAUCAUCUUCCCCAGCACCAGUGGAAAAACCAUAUUUCCCCAUCUGUAUGCGCUUGCUAAGAGUAGUUUCUGUUUUGAUUAAGCAGUUUUACAGUUUGCUGGUGACGGAAUGUGAAAUAUUUCUGUCAUUGCUGGUUAAGUUUCUGGAUGCAGACAAACCACAGUGGCUAAGAGCUGUUGCAGUAGAAUCUAUUCACAGGCUUUGUGUGCAGCCUCAGCUAUUAAGGUCCUUUUGUCAGUCCUAUGAUAUGAAGCAACAUUCCACUAAAGUUUUCCGGGAUAUUGUGAAUGCAUUGGGGUCCUUCAUCCAAUCUCUAUUUCUUGUACCAAGUACAGGGAGUACAUCGGUGACACCAAACCAAACUGGAAGCAAUGCAUCAGGGAGCACUGGAUCAGCACAGACAAACCCAGGAGUGCUUGGAAUGGGAGGUGGUGCAACUGUAUUACCUGCCUUUGAAUACAGAGGUACCUGGAUACCUAUCUUGAAUGUAACAGUACAAGGCAGUGCUAAAGCUACCUAUUUGGAAAUGCUGGACAAAGUGGAACCACCUACAAUUCCUGAAGGCUAUGCUAUGUCAGUGGCAUUUCACUGUUUACUGGAUCUUGUCCGUGGUAUCACUACCAUGAUUGAAGGAGAGUUGGGAGAGGCAGAAACAGGCAGUCAGAGCACAGCAGAGACAACUUCAUUACCAGCACAGUCUUCAGAGCAUCAGGACUUACAGUCUUUAUCUGACCAGUCAGACAAAGAACUAGUUAGCAGAGCUGUCUGGGAAGAAAUGGUAAAUGCAUGUUGGUGUGGUCUUCUUGCUGCAUUGUCUCUCCUACUUGAUGCAAGCACUGAUGAAGCUGCUACUGAAAAUAUUUUAAAAGCAGAAUUAACUAUGGCUGCACUCUGUGGAAGACUAGGUCUUGUAACAUCAAGAGAUGCCUUCAUUACUGCCAUUUGCAAAGGAUCCUUACCUCCUCACUAUGCUCUUACUGUAUUAAAUAGCACAACUGCAGCUCUGUCCAGCAAAUCAUAUUCCAUUCAGGGACAGAAUGUUCAAAUGAUCAGUCCCUCAAGCGAGUCUCAUCAGCAAGUUGUGGCAGUAGGACAGCCCUUAGCUCUUCAGCCACAAGGAACAGUAAUGUUGACUUCGAAAAAUAUCCAGUGUAUGAGGACAUUGCUCAACUUAGCUCACUGCCAUGGGGCUGUUCUUGGUACAUCAUGGCAACUUGUCUUGGCUACUCUUCAGCAUCUUGUGUGGAUUCUGGGACUGAAACCUGGUGUUGGGGGUGCCUUAAAACCUGGAAGAGCUGUAGAAGGGCCCAGCACAGUUCUGACUACAGCAGUUAUGACUGAUCUACCAGUUAUAUCCAGCAUACUAUCAAGACUUUUUGAAAGCUCGCAGUACCUUGAUGAUGUAUCUUUGCAUCACUUAAUAAAUGCCCUUUGUUCCUUGUCUCUGGAAGCCAUGGAUAUGGCCUAUGGAAACAAUAAGGAGCCAUCCCUUUUUGCUGUUGCUAAAUUACUGGAAACAGGACUAGUUAACAUGCACAGGAUUGAGAUUCUUUGGAGACCUCUGACGGGUCAUCUUCUGGAGGUUUGUCAGCAUCCCAACUCCAGAAUGAGAGAAUGGGGAGCAGAAGCUUUAACCUCUCUUAUUAAAGCAGGACUGACAUUCAGCCACGAUCCUCCAUUAUCACAGAAUCAGAGACUGCAGCUACUUCUACUGAAUCCACUCAAGGAGUUGUCAAACAUCAGUCAUCCUGAUAUCAGGAUCAAGCAGUUGGAGUGUGUGCUACAGAUUUUACAGAGUCAGGGUGACAGCUUAGGACCUGGUUGGCCAUUAGUCCUUGGAGUCAUGGGAGCAAUAAGAAGUGAUCAGGGAGAGUCCUUAAUACGGACUGCAUUCCAGUGUCUUCAGUUGGUUGUGACCGACUUUCUUCCAACAAUGCCAUGUACUUGUCUGCAGAUAGUUGUUGAAGUUGCAGGAAGCUUUGGUCUUCACAAUCAAGAGCUAAAUAUUAGCUUAACUUCAAUUGGUUUAUUGUGGAAUAUUUCAGAUUAUUUUUUCCAAAGAGGUGAAAUAAUUGAAAAGGAACUUAACAAAGAAGAAGCAGUGUUGCAGAAGCAGGCAGAAGAAAAGGGGGUGGUUCUGAAUAGACCUUUUCAUCCCGCACCACCAUUUGACUGUCUCUGGUUGUGUUUAUAUGCUAAACUUGGAGAACUUUGUGUGGAUCCCCGACCUGCAGUUAGAAAGAGUGCUGGGCAGACAUUGUUUUCCACCAUUGGUGCUCAUGGAACUUUGUUGCAACAUUCAACAUGGCACACAGUGAUAUGGAAGGUUUUAUUCCACCUGCUGGAUAGGGUUCGAGAAUCUUCUACUACAGCUGACAAAGAGAAGAUUGAAUCAGGAGGAGGCAACAUCCUUAUCCAUCAUUCAAGAGAUACAGCUGAGAAACAGUGGGCUGAAACAUGGGUAUUAACACUGGCUGGAGUUGCAAGAAUAUUUAAUACCCGGAGAUACUUACUGCAGCCUUUAGGAGACUUCUCCCAGGCCUGGGAUGUUCUUCUUGAUCACAUUCAAUCAGCAGCACUCAGCAAAAAUAAUGAAGUUUCCUUGGCUGCUCUGAAAAGCUUCCAGGAAAUCUUACAAAUAGUUUCUCCAGCCCGAGACUCAGAGAAGCCUGACACACCACCUGCUAUUAAUGUUUCUGUACCUGUGGUGGUAGGAGCAACAACUGCCACUAGUCUUGGGAGAUCAUUCAUGAGAACUGACUCCGUAGGAGAAAGAAUGGGAAGAUACAGUGGAGCUGAACUACCUGCAGUAACAGAUGAGAUCGAAGAUCUGAAUCUUUGGUGGGCAGCUUGGAACAGCUGGUACAGGAUUGGUUCAGAAAGUACAAAGCCUCCAAUUACUUGUGAUAAAUUGACUUUCAUUCCCAGCCAGCCUUUUCUUACAGCUUUAAUUCAAAUAUUCCCAGCUCUUUACCAACACAUCAAAACUGGUUUCAGCAUGGAUGAUCUCCAAAAGCUGGGUAUCAUUUUGCAUGGUGCAGUUUCGGUUCCAAUCAGUUCUGAUGCUUCCCCUUUCAUCCUUCCAUCUUACACUGAAGCAGUUCUGACAAGUUUACAGGAAGCAGUGCUUACAGCUUUAGAUGUUUUACAAAAGGCUAUAUGUGUGGGCUCAGAAAAUAUGCAGAUAAUGUAUCCUGCAAUCUUUGAUCAGCUGUUGGCCUUUGUAGAAUUUUCAUGCAAGCCUCCACAGUAUGGACAGCUGGAAACAAAGCACAUUGCAAAUGCAAAGUAUAAUCAGAUACAACUUUUUGCACCGGCGGAAUGGGUAGCACUGAAUUAUGUACCAUUUGCUGAGAGAUCGUUGGAAGUGGUUGUGGACUUGUACCAAAAAACAGCUUGCCAUAAAGCUGUUGUAAAUGAGAAAGUUCUUCAGAACAUUAUUAAGACGCUGAGAAUACCUCUUAGUCUGAAGUACUCCUGUCCUUCAGAAAGCACGUGGAAGCUCGCUGUUUCCUCUCUUCUCAAAGUGCUUUCUAUUGGACUACCAGUUGCAAGGCAGCAUGCAUCUUCUGGAAAAUUUGACAGCAUGUGGCCAGAGUUAGCCAAUACAUUUGAAGACUUUUUAUUCACUAAAAGUGCACCUCCUGAUAAUCUCUCAAUUCAAGAAUUUCAGAAGAAUGAGAGUAUUGAUGUUGAGGUGGUGCAGCUUAUUAGUACGGAGAUACUGCCAUAUGCUAAUUUUAUUCCUAAGGAAUUUGUUGGUCAAAUAAUGACUAUGCUCAAUAAAGGCUCAAUACACUCUCAGUCAUCUUCAUUUACAGAGGCGGAAAUAGAUAUUCGAUUGAGAGAGGAGUUUUCUAAGGUGUGUUUUGAAACACUGCUCCAGUUUUCAUUCAGUAAUAAAGUCACAACUCCUCAGGAAGGCUACAUCUCUAGAAUGGCACUUUCUGUGCUCUUGAAAAGGUCACAGGAUGUAUUACAUCGCUACAUAGAAGACGAGAGGUUGAGUGGCAAAUGUCCUCUUCCACGGCAACAAGUAACAGAAAUCAUAUUUGUUUUAAAAGCUGUCAGUACUCUCAUAGACUCGCUUAAAAAAACUCAGCCUGAAAAUGUUGAUGCUAACACAUGGGCGCAAGUUAUUGCCUUGUACCCGACUUUAGUAGAAUGUAUCACCUGCUCCUCAUCAGAAGUGUGUUCUGCUCUGAAAGAGGCAUUAGUUCCCUUUAAGGACUUCAUGCAUCCACCAGCAUCCAAGGUACAGAAUGGAGAGUCUUGACCCCAUAAAACUUUUUUUUUUUAGUUUUUGAAGGAAAAAAAGUAUCCAAAAAUGUUUGUUCCCAGGUGAAGUUUCACUGAGAAAAUCUCUUGUGGCUAGUACUUGGCAAGCAAUGCUGACUGCCUUUAACUGUACUAACAAGAGCUCAGUAAUUCAUGAACACAAGCUAUAUCUCAAAGGUCCAGAGUGAGUAGCAGUGCAAACCUUUAAUAAUUUUAACUAAGUAGUUGGAAUCAUUUAUAAUCUAAUGUACUUGCUACAGUAUCUUGAAGUGGUGAUUGAAAAGUGGGCUUAUGUACAGCUUGUUGUGUAUGUGUUAAUGAUGUAAUUAAAAAUAUUUCAAUUCAGUCAGAUUUAUUAGGCUGGUGUUUUGCACCCUUUUUUUGAAGUACGAAUUGUACUAAAAUUUUAUGCAAGAUGGUACUGUAACAUUCCAUAUAUCUGUAACCAGCCUUUGUAAACAAAGGGAACUGAAAUACUUGUGUGUAUAAUAAAUGGUACAGUUCUGUAUAAAAUAGUUGCAUUUAUUAUUUAAAUUCUUUUUUAAAUAUUGAUAAUGUUAAAUGCUUGAAAAAGUAUUUAUUAUAAGCUGUAUGCUUGCAUUUUUACUUAUACUUUGCCUUCUAAAUUGCCAGAUAUGCUUGUUCAUAUCUGAUCAUGUUAUUAGUUUUUUUUUGCUUAAUUGAAUGUAUCUUUUCUGUGGCCAUUGGACAUCUAAAUGAAGAGGUCAUAUGACAAGAUUGCAGCAAGCAGGCAGUAGCCUGCUGAUCUCAAACAUCAGUGUCAUUGACCUGGAAUAGGUUUGAAUAUGCAGAAAUCCACUGUAGCACUUCAACACUGCCAUACCUCACUUCAUAAUAUAUUUCUUUCAAAAUGUUUGUUAUACUCAACUCUGUUCAUUUUUGUAGUUGCAGCCUUGCUUUAAAAAAUACGUACAUAAGGGUCAUUAGUCUUUUUUGACCUUAUUGCAGGUAUCGUAGUCUUUGAAUCAUGACCCAGGAAAGGGGAUUGCAAAUAUCUGAAAUACUUGGCUGUAAUACUUUGUUCAGUAAUUUUAAGUGCUUUGUUUUGUAAUGUCUUUUAAAUCCAAAUUGUUCUAACCUUUUAAUUAUAAACUCUCUGAUAUAAAACCAUGAGAAGUGUAUUUUUGAAGACAGCUACUGGUUUAGAAGUUCAGUAAAAUUUUCAUUAAGUAAAUGUGAAUUUUCUUUCAAUUUCACGUAAUACACAAGUGAAGCAAAACACUUCUAGUAUUGUUUAUAAAAUCUGUGGCAGCAUUUAAACUCUUGUUGAGAUAAUGAUUCAUUAAAUGUGUCGCCUGUGUUCAUAUAUUUUAGCCUGUGAUGUGAAAGCACAAAGGUCAAACGUUUAAAAAAAAAGGAGAAAAAAAAAAAAAAAGGUGCCUUUCAAUGUAUUUCAGAGCUUUUCUUUAGGCCUUCAAGUCUUUGUAGAUACUAAAAGUGAUUGCCAUGGUGUUAGAUCUGUUCGCUUUACACUUCACUGACUGAAAGGAUGCUAAUUGGUACUUGUGAAGCAAAAACUGUAGGAGCUUCAAGUCAAGUUGCAAGGAACUGAUCAGGGUUAGAAGGACCCUCUGUGAGUAAUGUUUUCAACCACACCUACCUUUGAACAGUUUGUUCCUAUAGAAUUCCAGUUUUGUGAUCCUUUCAAAAAGGAUAAUCAGAGAGGGAGGCUUCAGGAUCUUGCACAUAUCUCUUUGACCAAAGUUGUGUGGAACUCAAUCUUCAAAUGUGAAUAGUUUUUGAAGAACAUGUUGUACAUUAAGGAAACAAAGCCCCUUCUUUCUAGUAAUAGAGUUGUUUUUUGGUUUUUGUUUGUUUUGUCAAAAUAGCCUUUUUGGAGAAGCAGACCUGGGUCCCAGGUACAAAUAAGAUUAUCCAUACUCUGAAAGUGAAACCCUUGCAAAUGCUCUACUACUUAGUGAAAGAUAAGACAAGGCCUAUUAAGUUCUCAAAUAAAGCAAGAGGUUGAGCAGAAAAGGGUAUUCAUUUGAUUUAAAAUCUGCUAACUUAACAAGAAAUUCUGGAAAGAGGAAUGCAGACCAAACUGUGGAUGAGUUUUUUUAUCAUUAAUUUCUGUCUGCUUUUUCAGUGGUAACACAGAUUCAUCCUAAUUAAGCAAAUCUUCAGCUUUAUUUUAAAUAGGGUGUGGGGGUGUGUGAGUCUUACCUGACUUUAUCAUCCACAGGUAUUAAUCUUCUAAAGGCUUUGAAAUAAAUUACCACUAAGGUUGCUUUGCUUCCUUUCCUCUUCAUUAUCAAAUAAUGAUAUCUGUGCUAUUUGAGAACAUUUUGGACAUGCAAGCCGAGGCUGACCAUACUCAAAACACUUUUUGUAUAAAUAGUUAGAGAACUGAAAACAAAAGUACUUAGUUUAGGGAAGACUUCUUUUAACCGACCAAUUUUUUUCUGUGAAUAAGACUUUUUCUGUUUUCUGUGCCUUGUUCAGCACUCAAAUAUUUCCUCCAACUUGAAGUAUCAAUUUGUUUUUUUUAUUAUUUUUACAUUUUGCUAAAUAUUCUUAGGGUUUCUUUCAUGUAAACAGUAUCCUUGAGUAUUUAAAUUUCAUAUUCUUGCAUCUGUUUCGAGCAAGACAAGUUUUGUUCCUGAAAAAAUGUAACAUUACCUAUUGAGUAAACCGUUGUCCAAGUUGUACUUUUCAAGUCUAUAGGGUUGCUUAGGCAUGUGAAAUAAAAUAAAUGGACGUUUUCAGGAUUGAGGUCUGCAUUGUGUCAGUGAAAUCAGCUAGAAAAGGUUGUUCAGCUGAGUGUAUAGAAAUAUGUCAACUGGAAGUUAGAAAAGAAACAUUAACUGCCAAAUGUAACCACAUUAUUCACUUUUUUUCUUCUUCUCCCUAACCUUAAAAAGAAAUUUGGAUUGGGAAUCCAGAGAGAAAAUGUGAGGGUCUUCCACAUUAUUACAAGGCUCAUAUCAAGACUGUUGAUAAUACUUGUAUGUCUCAAUGCCAUACACACUGCCCCAGUGUACACAAGGAUUUAACAUCAUAUUGUAGCUCUAAGGAGAAGGAACAGAUGGCUAAAGCAGGAAAUUUCUUACAAGAAAGGUUAUUCUUAGAAGCAUCUUUGUGGACCUUUGUUAGACUCUCUCUAGUAUGUCCAUGACUCUCUUGUGUAAGUUUUGGGAGCAAGGACACCUGUUUGUCUACGUGGUAUUUUGCUUAUCAGGGCAAGCGCAACUCCAACAAAAAUGACUGUAGGAGUUCGUGUAAAACAUAGAUUUCAUCUGGGGAGUAAAUAAUCUUCAAGUUUCACAAGUAUGUUUCAGUAAAAAAAAAAAGUGUGUUUUGCUAUAUUAAUACAAGCAUAUUGCAGUGAUGUAAUUGCCUUCGUGUAUGCUGGAAUGUAGAUCAGACGAGGCUCCUCAUUCUUUGUAAAUAAAUACAAUAGAACUUAACAUUUAUUUGUUUGUUUCAGCCUUCAGGUUUUAUUCAGUGGAAACAUAGAUAAUGAUGUAGGCAGGAUGUACAAAAAACUCUUAGAUUUUGAAUUAAACAAUUCUUUCAUGAUAAAAAAAAGCGAAAUAGCAUGAAAAGCGG